AUGUCAUCUGUACUAUCACUAUUGAUGGUAAUGAUGAUGAUAAUACAUGGUGGUGUGGAAAUAGUGGAAUGUAUAGAAAUGUAUGAAAAUGAAUCGGAAAUUGCUGAUCGAAAAAUUCGAAUAUUGUGCAGUGUUAAUCCAAACUUUGACAUUUGCCCUGAGCAUGCUAUGGAGAAACGAAAAUCAAGCUAUAUGCGUUUUGGACGAUCCUAUCCUGCUAUGCUAGAAGUUGAACCAAAUAUGAAUGAAAAACGGAAAAGCGCAUAUAUGAGAUUUGGGAAACGUUAUGUAGAUUCCAAUGAUUACGUAAAAAGAAAGUCAGCAUAUAUGCGGUAA